GUGCCUUACUCAGCACCCAGUCCUCCCCACACUAGCGCCGGCCUGGGGACUGGGGCUGUAAUGCGCCUCCCAUUCUCCUCCAGCUUCACAGCCCUCCACGCCCUUGAACUUUGCGCUGUGUGAAGGCUCGGACUUACGGUGCAGUGGAUUCCCCACCCCCACCCCCAGUCGGCUAGGGAAAGCCCCUGCCGAAUGGGGAAGAAAGGGGACAAGUGGGGAGAGCCCGGGCCCAGCUGGGGAGAGCCCGGCCGGCCGGGGCCCGGGAUGGUCGAUUAAAAGCCGAGUCGAGCCGAACCGAGCUGGACCGGCCCAGACCGGCUCAGGGGACCCGGAUCAUGACCAAGGGCAGCUUUUGGGCCCCGCUACUCUUCUGCCUCCUGCAGAUGGCACCAGGGAGCCCAAAGUUGGCCCGUCCACAAAAUGUGACUCUCCUUUUCCGCAACUUCAGUGUAUACCUGACGUGGCUCCCAGGACCCAACUAUCCUCCCAAUGUGACUUAUGAAGUGAGGUAUCAGAGCUUUGAAAAUGUGGAACGUUGGAAAAAGGUCAAACACUGUAUGGGGAUUACCAUGGAGGAAUGUGAUGUCACCUGCUUGAAGCAUCAGAGUCUACACAUCAAAUAUAAGGGCCGAGUCAGGGCAAUGGCUUCUGGGACUUUCUCCCUGUGGGCAGAAUCUCCCAAGUACUUGGAUUAUUUAUUUGAUGUGGAACCAGCCCCACCCACACUGACCUGGAUACGGAACAAGGAGACCUUAAGCAUCAAUGCUACCUAUGAGUUGCCUCCUUGUGUAGGCCCCAUGAACCUGAAAUACGAGGUGGAAUUCUGGAAGGAAGGGAGCCCAAACAAGACGAGGUCCCAGGCCACACUCCAUGGGAUGGAGGUGAAGAUCAGGCUUCCCUCAGAUUCCACUGGGUGCUACUGUCUGAGCGCACGGACACUCUAUUUAUUAAUCACCCCCAAGUACAGCAACUUCUCCCAACCAAGCUGUUUCCGGCUGGACACCCCAGGAACCCAACUAAGAAUGCAGGUGUUGUUGCUGCUAUUUUUCCUGGCUGUUAUUAUCUUUCUGGCCUGGAUGUGCCUCCUGAAGAACAUCUAUUUCCAGCCGGCAAAGAUGCCUCUAAACUUGGACUUUUCUGGGUACACAUGCCCUGUGAAAACCUUGAACCUGAACAAACAAGAGUCCUUAAGCAACCUGUCCGUCUGCCCUAAGAAUAAUUUGAGGCAGGGAAGAAGACCAUACGCAGGAUCCAGGAGUCCAGGCGUCCCACAGCCAUCAGAAGUGGAGGUCCAUGAGCCUGAGGAUGAGAGUGAAGAGGAAGAAUCUGAGGAUGACAGUGGAACCUUUGAACCUUACCUUGGAGUUGCUCCCCUAAAGGACUUGCUGACUGGAACGAAGGAAGCAGAGAGACACACACACAGUUUACAAUCUGCAGGGUCCUUGACCUAUGAUCCGGGGAGUGAUUUCUCUCCAGUUAUGGACACUUCGGACAGUGGAAAUGUGUCUGACUCUUUCUGGGGAGAAUCAGGGAGCAUGAGCUGUUUGAUGGAGGCUGGCCUUGGUGGGGCUGACCUAUCUCUACCUUCCCUCACAUUCCUGGAGGAGUCAAAGGUUAUUGAAGACCCUUCAGGGUAUAGUUUGUAUUCCAGAGACUCUUUGGAGCCCUCCUCACCUGGGCUGAUGAUCCUCCCUGAAGUGCCUCUGGUUUCUCUGAAUUCCUUGAUAAUUACCAUGGACAGAGGAGCCCAGGAUGGGUCUAAGGAAGAGAGGGAUUGUUUUAUGGAGGGGGAAGAGGAGGAAGAGGAGGAAGAGGAGGAAGAGGAAGAGGAAAUGGUUGAUGGCAAUGAAAUGGAGGGCCUCUGGAGUGAGUAUCCCAAGAGAUCUAAGAUCACAGAUUACCAACAUAUACCCUAUAGGCUUCGUUGAGUCAGUCACCACUUUCUCUUGCCAAAAAACCUCUCUCAGUCUCGACUUUCUUCAGAAUUUUUCCUCAGUUUCUCCCAGGUCCUGAGGGGCCACUGGAUACUUCAAAAUACUCCCAAGAUUAACUCUUCAGUAUUUGUGGGAUAACCACACUGCUUCUGAAACCCAUCCUGGAAAAUGAUUUUUCAGUUGUGUUAAAUGGGAAGGAAAAUAUCCAAAUGGACCUGGAUUCAAAUCCCAACAAUAUCACCAUCUGUGUGCUCUUGGCAAGGCUUCAGUGGGCCCCAGUUUCCUCAUCUGUAAAAUAAGGAGGAAUAUGGUUGGACUAGAUGACUUUUAGGGUCCCUACCUGCUUUCAAACUAAGAUCUAUGAUCUGGUGCUCAAGAUUUAAAGAUAGCUGUGACCAUUUAGUUCAGUUUUUUCAUUUGACAAAGAAGGAAACUGAGGCUCCCAGAUACCUCAUGCUACAGAGAAAAGACAUCUGGACCUGGAGUAAGAACAUCAAAGUUCUGGUCACUGGGAGUCUCUGAGGUCCUAGGCAAAUCACCCUUGGGGUCUCAGUUUCUUGAUCAGCAGAAUUCAAUUUAAUUCAACAAUUAUUCAAGGGUUUGCUUUUUUGCAAAGUGCCAUACCAAGAAUCAGAGAUAUAAAAACAAAAAUGAAAGUCUCAGACCUCAAAGAGUUUCCAUUUUUGGGGGAAUACAAAGAACCCGUAUGGCAAGCAUGUUCACGCUUAUGGUGGAUGGAAUCUGAGCUGUGCUUUGGUGGAAUCUCAGAAUUCCAAGAGGCAGAGCAAGGAGCAUGGGGGCAGCUUGUGCAAGGACCAUUCACCACAGGCUACUGAGGCACAGGCCAUGCCAGGGUGACUAUGAACAUAGUGAAGAGAAUGCUUUGUAAACCUUACAUGCCUAAUGGAAGUAUGAGGAGGUCUUGGUGUUGUUGGGAGGGUUUUGUUUUAUUUGUGUAUAUAUGUGUGUGGGGUGUAUAUAUACAUAUAUGUAUAUAUAUUUAUUAUUUAUUUUUUAAAAACCCUUUUCUUCUUAAAGUUUGAGUUUCAGAUUCUUUACCUCCCUCCCUCCUGUUUCUUCCCCAUCUACUGAGAAGCAAAUACUAUAUCAAUUAUGUUUGUAACAUCAUGUAAAAUACAUUUGUAUAUUAACCAUAAUGCAAACAAAGAGAAAGAAAGAAAGAAAGAAAGAAAGAAAGAAAGAAAGAAAGAAAGAAAGAAAGAAAGAAAGAAAGAAAGAAAGAAAGAAAGAAAGAAAGAAAGAAAGAAAGAAAGAAGGGAGGAAGGGAGGGAGGGAAGGAAGGAAAGAAGGAAGGAAGGAAGGAAGGAAGAAGAAAGGAAGGAAGAAGAAAGAGAGGGAUAAAAAGAGGAAGAAAGAAGGAAAAAAGAUGGAGGGAAUGAGGAAGGAAAGAAGAAAGGAAGAAAGGAAAGGAAGAAGGAAAGGAGGAGUAGAGGGAGGAAAAAAAAGAGAGAAUAUAAAAUUCAAUUUACACUCAGAAUUCUUCAGUUCUUUCUUUGAAGGUAAAUUUUUUAUUUUAUUUUAUUUUAUUUUUUUGCUGAGGCAAUUGGGAUUAAGUGAUUGCCCAGCGUAUAUAAUACAGAUAGGAAGUAUUAAGUGUCUGAGAUCAUAUUUGAACUCAGUUUCUCUUGACUUUAGGGCUGGUGCUCUAUCCAUUGCACCACUUAGCUGCCCCAUAGCAUUUUUUUUUUCAUCAAAAGACCUUUGGAUUUGUCUUGCACAAUAGUCAAUGACCAGAUAUAUAUAUAAUCUGGUGUUUGAUAAAUCCAAAGAUUCAAGUUUUUGGAAUAAGAAUUCACUAUUUCAUUAUUGUUUGAUAAGAAAUGACCAGCAGGAUGAACUUUUAAAGCAGGUGCAAGUCACAUUAGAUAGGAAUGUUAUUUUCUUCUUGAGAGAGCCAGAAGCACCCUGGCUGAUCUGGAUCCAAUUCUAGCUCCUCUACUUCAUAGCUCAUUUCACUUCUCUGUGCCUUAGUUUCCCCAUCUUCAUUCUGGCUUACAUGAACUGAUGCCAAGUGAAAUGAGCAGGACAAGGAGAUCAUUAUAUACUUCAACCACAAUACUGUAUGAUGAUCAAUUCUGAUGGACGUGGCCCUCUUCAACAAUGAGAUGAACCAAAUCAGUUCCAAUAGAGCAGUAAUAAACUGAACCAGCUACACCCAGCAAAAGAACUCUGGGAGAUGACUAUGAAUCACUACAUAGAAUUCCCAGUCCCUCUAUUUUUGUCCGCCUGCAUUUUUUAUUUCCUUCACAGGCUAAUUGUACACUAUUUCAAAGUUUGAUUCUUUUUGUACAGCAAAAUAACUGUUUGGACAUGUAUACAUAUAUUGUAUUUAACUUAUACUUUAACAUAUUUAACAUGUAUUGGUCAACUUGCCAUCUGGGGGAAGGGGUGAGGGGAAGGAGGGGAAAAAUUGGAACAAAAGGUUUUGCAAUUGUCAAUGCUGUAAAAUUACCCAUGCAUAUAACUUGUAAAUAAAAAGCUAUAAUUAUCCUUAAAAAAAAAGGAAUUCACUAUUUCACAAAAAUUGCUGGGAAAAAAUUGGAAAUUAGUGUGGCAGAAAACCAGGCAAUGACCAACAUCUAACAUCCUAGACCAAAAUAAAAUCAAAAAGGGUUCAUGAUUUAGACAUGAAGUUAAUGCUUUAAACAAAUUAGGAGAACAAGGGAGAGUCCCAGAAUUGUUUUGGAUCCUUGUUUUAAUUGGAGCAGCCAAACCUUUCACAGUUGAUCCUCAUUACAACAUUGCUGCUCCUGUGCACAAUGAUCUCUCAGUUCUUCUCGUCAUGUUGCAUUAGUACAUCUAGAUCUUGCCAUGUUUUUUCUGAAACUAAUAAUUCAUCAUUUCUUAUGGCACAGUAGGAUUCCAUCACUAUCAUAUGCUACAAUUUGUUCAGUCAUUCCCUGUUUCGUGGGCAUUCCCUUAAUUUCUAAUUCUUUGCCACCACAAAAAAAAGUUAUUAUAAAUAUCUGUGUACAUAUAGGUUCUUUCCCCUUUUCUUUGAUCUCUUCGGAGGUACCGACCUAGUAGUGAUAUUGCUGGAUCAAAGGGAGUGUGCAGUUUUAUAGCCCUUUGGAAAUGUUCCAGAUUGUUCUCCAGAAUGGUUGGACCAGUUCACUAUUCCACCAACAGUUCAUUAAUGUGCCUGUUUUCCUUCAUCCCUU